AGUCGCAAAGGAUGAAGAGAGGUUCCGGUGACAACUACGCACUGAAUGGUCAUCGCGGUCGGUUUCGUGCAUGUUUUCGUCUUCUCUAGCGCUUCAGCGAACUCUGCUCCGCGAGUGUUUCUGCAACGCCUGCGCGCCGACGACACGACUUGCUGGCCGUGUGCUCUCUCUCAUCACGGUUGUUAAGCUCCACAGUUAACUCCAGCAUGUCCUUAGCUGCCGCGCAGUCGAGUGGUGUGGAGGAGACUGCUGGUCUCGUUUGAAGGACUCGAGAGAACAUGCUCACCCAGCGCCUUCGCUCGUGCCACAGUGCUGUGCUCUGGGCAGUGCGAGGCGCACGCAGCGAGCGAGCGGCAUGCCGGCGCGGCGCCGCGUCGCAAGCAAGCGCCGAGGGCGCCCUGCAGCUGACCGACAGCUGUGUGGAGAAGCUGCGGCGCGUGGGAGUCGGCCGUGUGCUGCGCGUGUCCGUGGAAGGCGGUGGUUGCUCGGGCUUUCAGUACCGCUUCCAGCUCGAAGACCAGCCGGCGCCGGACGACGUGCUUUUCGAGCGAGACGGCGCUCGCGUGGUGGUGGACAGUGCCUCGCUGGACCUGCUGCGCGGCGCCACGCUCGACUACCACGAGGAGCUCAUCAGGUCUGCCUUCCGCAUCGUGGACAAUCCGCAGGCGGAGCGGGGAUGCUCCUGCGGCGCCUCCUUCACCAUCAAGCUUUAGGCGUAGGAAGUGAGACACGGACGGCCCCGAGUGGCGACACACUUUUAAUAGAAACUGUAGUGCUUAGGCCAAAAAGUGAUGACACGCUGUUGUAACAAGCCGUACAUAAAAUUGUUUCACGUGCUG